AUGGAAGGAAUCUAUGCCCAUGCAGACUUUAUCAAGGUUUACAAAGCCAUCCUUGAUGCAACUCAAGAAAUCGCUACUUAUCUAAGAUACCACUCAGCUCAAACUCUCUCUCAAUAGAAUUAGUUCGGGAAACAAUAGUCUGAUCUUGAUCUAAAAGCUGAUGAGAUAAUAUUCAGUCAUUUGAAAAAGAGUGGAGUAGUCCACUCUGCUGCUUCUGAGGAAAAACCUUAUUUGAAUGAGAUGAAUCCUGAUGGUGAAUACAUGGUAACCUUUGAUCCAAUUGAUGGAAGCUCUGUUAUUGACUCAAACUUCUCAGUAGCCUCAGUCUUUGCUAUCUGGAAAUCUAAGGACAUUAAUGGCAUGACUGGUAGAGAUCUAGUAGGUGCUGCCCUCUCAGUUUACGGAUCAAGAACUACUAUCAUUCUCUACAAUGCUCAAAACAAGAAAGUAGAGGAACUCACUCUCCUAAUGAUGGGAAAGAACGAAAGAUGGAUAGUCACCACCCCAGACAUGAAAAUCGAGCCUGAUGCCAAACUCUUUGCACCAGCUCUGAGAUCUUCUUAUGAUAAUCCCAACUAUCUCAAAAUCUUUGAAAAUUAUUGCCUAAAAGGUUACUCUAUCAGAUACUCAGGUGCUUUCGCUGUGGAUUGCUAUUAGAUUUUCAUUAAGCGCUAAGGUGUAUACUCGAUGUUGGACUCAGUGGCUCACCCCUCCCGUCUGCAUUUGAUAUACGAGAUUAUUCCCUUAGCCUUUUUGAUCGAAAAAGCUGGAGGUAAAACCAGUGACGGAGUACGCAGUGUUCUUGACGUCGAAAUCAAAGGUUAUAAGUAGAGAAUCUCAUUCAUUGCUGGAAGUUCUAAUGAAGUUGACUACAUUGUCAGAACUAUUAACGAGAAGGAGUGA